AUGGGUAAUUACGAAUCCAGAAGGAGAACUAAACCCUGCGCAUCAUGCAAACAGAGAAGAUUGAAAUGUCAAUAUCAAGAAACUUUACCUUGUGAAAGGUGUGUUAAGCAUGGCAUCGCAUGUUUCUAUCCAGACGAAAAUCUGAGAUCAAAGGCUCAAGAGCCCUCCGGGGUGACAUCUAGUGCUAGUGAUCCACUUCUGAGGCACAAGCAACCCUCUACAGUGCCGUUGUUGGCGGUAUCCCAGGCCUCUACUGCUACACAGGCGCAAGUACAGGCACAAGCACAAGAUCAAGCACAACCAGGAGUCAUUACAAGGGAUGAAUCGAAUCCAAACGUAGUUUCAUUAGUGUCCACUGAUGGUUUAUGGAGCAAUUCUGUGGAUCAGAGACUUGACACUUUACAAAAUGCAAUUGAUUCUGUAGUCACCAUAUGUCAAAAUAAUAAUAUUGAGCAUCAACAUCAAGUUGGACUAUUACAAGCACAAUUACAGGAACAAAGACAAGAAAUCGCCAGGCUGCGACAUGUUAAUACUGCUACAAGCAGGUACCCAACAGCUUCAAUCACAAAUCAUAAUGGAGCUUCUCCCGUGGAACUUCCGCCACUAAGCACUCUGAUGAAUAAUAAUGGUAAGACUGCAGGAACGCCGUUGGAAUUGAACAAAGUGCUGUCGAUAGACGAAGCCAAAGAAUUGAUGCAAAUUUUCAUGGAGAAUAUGGCUCAGCACAUGCUAGGAUACCAACUAGAAAACUUAUCUGCUCGAGAACUCUGGUAUCGAUGUCCUGUAUUAUUACUUUCUAUAUGUGCCGUGGCAUGUCCGCAUCAUCCUCCUUUGGCCUCGAAGCAGGGCCAAUUGAUUUCUAGUUUGAAAUGGCAUUGUUCUAGAUUGCUCAAUGAUUACGAGGCUGUCUACGAGACGAAAGCUGUGGAACAAACUAUCUUGGCAUUGAUCAUAGCAUCUUUGUGGUUGGAGUCCAGUCAAAUGUAUAUGUCAGUAGCCCUUCACUUGGCUCGUACUUGGAGAAUAGAUCGACGUCAUAAUAAUGAGUUAUGGAGGUUAUGGUGCCUUCUGUAUAUCACUGACGGUACUCAAAAUUUGGUUUCACAGAAAUCGCCUUCCGUCUAUAAGCAAUUGGAACCCAUUAUCAAAUCUGUAAGAGAACACUUGGUGGCACAUAUUGAGAAUCCAGAAUUAAAAGAAGUGCUUAGGGAAAAUGAAAAUGACAAUAAAACAGAAAUCGCCACCAAUAAGCAGCUGGUACUGCUCAACGAAGUGGAGAUGGACAAGAUCAAAGUUGUUCAACCACAGUUGCAAGAUAUUAAGUUAUGUGGUCUCGUUGAAUACCAUAUGGCUAUCGAAUCUCUGUUUCAUGAUAAAUACGACAAAGGCGGUUCAUUUGAGAGUGCUAUGGGGCUUUUGCAGCCAGCAAAUCUAGGUAUUCCAUGGGAAAACAAUCUGGCGUUGGACAAGUGGAUGGUUAGUUGGACAAUUGCGUUGCAAAACAUAGAUGUACAACAAGAUCCAUGGUGUUUGAAAUCGACGCUUCUUUACUACAAUUUUGCAAGAAUGCAUAUCAAUACACGCUGGAUGUUAGAACGUAAGUCUAAUUGGGGCAAUUGGUUGGAAGUGUGGAAGUCAUCGGAUUCCACCGAAACCGUUGCUCUGAGAGAUGCUUCAAGGGAGGUAUCGCUAUCGGCAGCCAUUUCCUUACUAAAGUUGGCCACUAGGGACAGAGACGUCAGUUCUCUGUUUAAAUUUUUGCCAAAUCAUCUUUAUGUGAUGCUCUUCUUUGCAUCUAUGGUUGUACUUAAAUACCCUGUGUCUACAGAUGGUUUGCAGAACUCUAAUAUAAAGAAAUUACGCCAGCGGUACAAUUUAGUUAGAGAUUUCAAACAGAUGCUGGCACGAAGCUCAUCUUCAGACAGAGAAUUUACUUCGAAGAUAGUGUCCAAUUUGAAGGUUCUCAUGAAUUCCUUUACUCAAGAGUGUAUUGCAAAAAUUAAAGCCCCAACCAAUGGAUCACCAGUGGAAGAAAUCAUCAAAAAGCCUGAUGAGCCCAGUGCUUCAAGUACCAAAAAGAAGGCCAUUUUGGCUUGGCCAAGUAUUAAUCACGGACAUCCAUGA